GCAAAAACAUGCUCAGCAAAUAUUCCCAAGCAACGUCGGCGUAUUUCACAGACAGACAAGGAGGAAUCUGCGACGAGGUGAUGAUAAUUUAUAGCAAUGGCUUCCUGGAUGAGACUUGGUCUGACACUGACACUGGUGUUUAUCUUUGGAGUGUACGUCUACUGGACCGUGUGGUUGAAACUCUCGGAGGUACCAAGCGCAGCGACCAAUAGUUUUUCACCGCCACAAAUUCUCUCUUCCGGGAUGCAAGUGGCCUUCAACAAAGACACGAAGACUCUUAAGACCCUGUUACAACGUUAUGAAGACCCAACCCUUCUGCAACCAGAAAUCACCGUCGUAACAGCAUAUUUUAACAUUGGCUCCUUCGCCAAAGGCAGCAUGUCUAACAUGUACACACCUAGCCGUUAUAUGAACUGGAUGAAGGUGUUUGGCAGCAUCAGGAACAACCUUGUAGCAUAUACGGAUUCCAGAGAUGUCUUUGAUUUACUCACGGGCCUCAGACGUAGGUUCCCUAGCAACAUUACAAAGGUAUUUCUAAUAGAUAGGGCCAAUCUGUGGUCCUUCUCUUUGGCAAAAGAAAUUCGAAAUAUUUACAGUCAGCCUAACUAUCCACGUCAUCAUCCAAACACAGUAAAUGAGAACUACUCAUGCGCGAUGCAUGCAAAGUUUGAGCUAGUUAACAAAGUCUUAAUGGAAGAACUGUUUCCUACCAAAUAUUUUUGUUGGUUGGAUAUUGGACUCUUUCGUGCUCUUGUUGACGAUACCUCGAUCUUCAAGCUUCAAGUACCAGACAAAUGGGACAAACGCAAAGUCGCCUAUAGCCGUGUGUAUGAUUUUAAUGAUAAAGCAACAACAGAGAGCGUAAUCAAAGGAAACCAGGUAUGGGUAGGUGGUGCCAUGUUUCUUGGAACGCCUGAAGUGUUGCACAGUUAUACUGAAGACUACAUGAAUACAGUCAAGAUGUUGCUGAAACGACGUUUAAUGAACACCGACCAGCAGGUCAUAUACUCAAUGUAUCUCCCAUUGUCUGAAUUCAAGCCUCGGGUACAAAUCCAGUUAUUUUCCCAAACGAAAAACCGUUAUGAUCCUUGGUUUUACCUUGGUUACUUGUGCAGGGAGACUUUUCAGAACGCAAAAAUGACUCCCAGACCCUGAGUGAGUGAGUGAGUGAGUGAGUGAGUGAGUGAGUGAGUGCGUGCGUGUCCGCGAGUGCGUGAUUCUGUUUUAUUUUGUGUGUGGCAAGAACGUUUCCCUUUGAAAUACACGCGUCUUUUUAUCUGCACUCUAUAGAUAUAAUUUUAACAGUUUGUGAGCAAAGUAUGAGGUUCCACUUUCUUCCGAUUUCUAUUUAUUGACGAGCUAAAAAACAACAAUCGAUAAUAUAUAUACACAUAUAAUGCCGAAGCCCGCAAUCUAUCAAUGACUCAAUUUGUGUAUUAUCAUAGUGUGACACUCAAAGAAGGACAUGACAUUUUUACGUCGUAAAUAAAAAUAUACAUUUGGAAAAAAUCGUGUCCAUCUUUGAAAAUGGUAUUUGUCCCGCUGCACAGCAGUACAAGAAUCUGUACCAAAAUGACGUGCUCACAAAAUAGAAGAAUUUGUGAUCCA